AUGGAUUAUCAUGCGAUUCACGGUCAUGACAGAGCCAGCUUUGACACAUCUGGUACCCACCGAUUACCAACCGUCUCGGCUUCCCAGGCCCUGGACGAGCUUGGAGGCGACGCGUCAAACCACGUCUCUACAGGCCUCGAGGAUCUAGAUCAUGCUCUUGCGGGCACAGUAUCCGUUGACUCUCAGGAUUCUACCCCAAAAGGUGGUGUUCAUCGCGGCCAGGUGACAGAAAUUUGGGGCCCCCCUGGAACGGGGAAAACUGCCUUGGGACUGCAGCUCGCCUCAAAUGCAUUGCGGGAUGGCAAUGCAGUGGUCUGGGUAGACUGCUUUCAGGCUAUUCCUCACAACAGGCUAAAGGCGGUCAUCAAUGCUAUCAAGGACGAUCAAGGCGAUUCAGACGUGGAAGCACAUGAUGUUGAGGUUGACGCUGGCCGAUUCCUUCAUUAUUCAUGUCUGACACUUCCUCACUUUGUUGCCCUCAUCUCACGACCUACUGCCAAGGCUAUACCAGCCAAUUCUUCGCUGGUGGUUAUCAGCUCCCUAUCAUCAUUAGUCAACUCGGCUCUGCCAAAAUCGCAUGAUGGCAAGGCUAUUUCUAAGUCUGCCAAGGGUCCAAGUCCCUCUACGAAACGACUACAGGCACUGCAGUCCAUCAUGAAUGCUCUUCACAAACUUGCGGCCACUAGGAAUUGCGCAGUUGUGAUCCUGUCUCAAUGCGCAACCAAGAUGCACUCAGAAAGGGGCGCAACGUUGACCGCAGCAGUUAAUGCCACGGUUUGGGAGCAAGGGGUCUCGACACGGCUUGUCGUGUUCCGAGACUGGGUCUGGCAAGAGGGCAAGCUUGCGAGCGUGUUCCUCGCAGGUCUGCAAAAGGUGGAUGGAAAGGCGUCUCAGGAGACCGUGGAGAACGUAGUCGCAUUCAAAGUGGAGUUGGACGGCGUGGCCCAGAUUCCCUACGAAGCGAUUCAAUCAAUUGAACUGGCCAGGCACAAGCGAAAGCUUGGCGAGACGGAGCUCGAAGUUCCUGACAGCGAGGACGACGAGGACUACGGAUGGGCAGAUGAAGACGAAGCGGCUAUGCCGGCCCCGCCGCCUCAGUGGCAAGGGAGCGAGGACCUCAUCCUGGGCCAGGAAGUCGGACGGAGCGAGGACGAGAACAGUGAUGGAGAUGAUGGGGAGCACGGGGACGACAACUAA